AUAAAAGGCUGGAGGAAAGGCAGGAGAUGACACAGUCCAGACAGCUGGAGCUGAGCUGAAUCUUCAAGUCAGUGUUCAGCAACUUCAGGAAUCCCUGAGAAGGAGCACAGAGGACUUCUGCCACCACAGCUACAACCUUCUUUCAGAGCUGUCUGCUUAAAAGAGAGAACUCCAGAAACAUGGUUUCCUUGUGGUUCCUACCUCUUCUUGCUUAUGGACUUACACUGCUGCAGGGGGUGGAUUGUUGGACAUACCACUAUUCAGACACAAACAUGACCUACAGGGAAGCAGAGCUGUGGUGCAAGAAGAGGUACACUAACAUGGUGGCCAUCCAGAAUAAGGAGGAGAUCAACUACCUCAAUAACUUCCUGCCCUUCAAUCCGGGUUACUACUGGAUUGGAAUCAGAAAAAUCAAUGAGGUUUGGACCUGGACUGGAACUCACAAAGAGCUGACAGAAGAGGCAGAAAACUGGGCUUCAGGUGAGCCAAAUGGCAAAGGGAACAACGAAGACUGUGUUGAAAUCUACAUCAAAAGAGGGAAAGAUGAUGGCAAAUGGAAUGAUGAGCAGUGUGAGAAGAAGAAGGUUGCCCUGUGCUACACAGCUUCUUGCAACCCAUCUCUCUGCAGUGGCCGUGGAGAAUGUGUAGAGACCAUUAACAAUCACAGCUGCCACUGCAACCCUGGAUUCUAUGGGCCUGACUGUGAGUUUGUUGAGAGGUGUGAUCCACUGCAGGCACCUGAUCAUGGGAGCCUGGAGUGCAGCCAUCCCCUGGAGAGCUUCAGCUACAACUCCUCCUGCAGAGUUCAGUGUGAGGAAGGCUUUGAAUUGACUGCACUGGAGUCUGUAUCCUGCACCUCUUCUGGGGUCUGGUCUGGCCCCCUUGCAGCAUGCAAAGCUGUGACCUGUCCUGCCUUGGAAGUGCCUGCUCAUGGUGCAGUGAGCUGCUCCCAUCCCUCUGCAGAGCUCCCCUGGGGUACCACCUGUGAGUUCACCUGUGAGGAAGGCUUUGCCCUGACAGGACCAGGCACACUGCAGUGUGGGGCUGCUGGGGCCUGGGACAGGCAGCAGCCAUCCUGUGCAGCUGUGAGGUGUGAGGCUGUAACCUGGCCAGAAGAAGGCUUUGUGACCUGUGACCAUGCUCCUGAAGAUCUCACUUAUGGCUCACGUUGUGAUUUCCACUGCAGUGAAGGCUUUGUUCUGGAUGGCCCUGCCAGCACUGAGUGCACAGCACAGGGACAGUGGUCAGAGUCAGUGCCAGAAUGCAAAGCUGUGACCUGUCCUGCCUUGGAAGUGCCUGCUCAUGGUGCAGUGAGCUGCUCCCAUCCCUCUGCAGAGCUCCCCUGGGGUACCACCUGUGAGUUCACCUGUGAGGAAGGCUUUGCCCUGACAGGACCAGGCACACUGCAGUGUGGGGCUGCUGGGGCCUGGGACAGGCAGCAGCCAUCCUGUGCAGCUGUGAGGUGUGAGGCUGUAACCUGGCCAGAAGAAGGCUUUGUGACCUGUGACCAUGCUCCUGAAGAUCUCACUUAUGGCUCACGUUGUGAUUUCCACUGCAGUGAAGGCUUUGUUCUGGAUGGCCCUGCCAGCACUGAGUGCACAGCACAGGGACAGUGGUCAGAGUCAGUGCCAGAAUGCAAAGUUGUACAGUGUGAACCACUGAGGUCUCCUGAGGGAGGUUCCAUGGAUUGUGUCCAUGGUGCUGGGAACUUCACAUACAGCACUGCCUGCCACUUCAGCUGUCUGGAAGGAUGGAAGCUCAAUGGUUCUCACCUCCUUGAGUGCAGUCAUGCAGGGAACUGGAGUGCUAGCCUGCCCACCUGUGAAGCUUCUGAACAAGCCACCUAUGUCUCUGUGGGCAUAGCAGCCACAGGUGCCUCUCUGCUUUCCACAGCAUCAUUCCUCCUUUGGCUGGCAAGGCAUUUCAGAAGAAAAGCAAAGAAAUUUACUCCUUCCAGUAGCUGCCAGACUUUAACCCCUGAUGGUACUUUCCAGAGUGCUGGCCAGAAUGUCUGACUCCACGUGGUUCAGGAACUGAAGCCAUCUUUCCUUGUGUCUCAGAUUUCUGGAGAACAAAACUGCAUGAAAAUCAGCAGCUGACCAGAUGUUUUUAUCUCUUGCUGACAAGAUGGUUGACCUUGUAUAUUGCUGAGAAAUUUUGAACUCAAGCUGUCUGAUCCUUCCAUUGAAGACAAGCAGAGAGUAAAACUCUGGCCUUCUGGCAAAAUGCUGCUUACAUUCAGUCAUGUACUUAUCAAAACUGGGAGCUUGCCAUCUCCUGUCCAGAUGGUGAGCAAAUAGUAUGCUGCUGCCUAAAGAGGAGGCUGGUUUCUCCUCUGGUCUGCUCAAAGGUACCUAGGUGAGGUGAAGAUGUGCAUUAUUUCACUUCACUUAACUACACUGCUGGAGGUGUCUUCUCUGGAGGUGUCUGGCUCAUACUUGGAGAAAGGGAAUAAUUGGGAUGAACAAACAUUCACUGGAUAGCUUUGAAACCACUGAUCUCCUUUGCUGGUAAAGUUGGUUUAUUUUCAUGGGAUGUCCCAGUCAGUAAGUGUGCCUGCAGUGAUACAGGCAGUUAUUUGGGUUUCUGCUGCAUGUCUCAGAAAGUCUGGGGACUCUGAAGUCCCUUUUUUGCUGCAGCACUAAGGAUUGUAGUGCUUCUGCUCUGUGCUCUGGUUUCUGAAUGCAGCAAGUAGAUCUGAAAUGACCUCAUCCCCGUGGGAUUAUGCACUGUAAUACAGCUGUAUACAUAAAUAUUUAAUCUUGAAACUUUCACUGUGCUGUUAAUUAUAAAUCUAUUGUGAAAUACCUGUUCCUGAGCAGAUUUGUGGCCACUGAUCUGGGCCCAUGUGAUUUUAAAGUCAUUCAGAGGUGCUUGUAAGGAUUUCAUGUCUGCAUAUUAUUGAAAAAUGAAACGGAAGCCUGAUAUUUGUGUAUAUAUAUUGCAAGGAUGAUUUAUCAAGCUGUUAAUUGCCUUUAGACGAGGUCUUUUUUUAAUAACUUAUGUCUAAGUUAUAACUUAAAAUGAUGACUUACAGUCUGGUAU